CGUGUUGUUCGUCAUGAUCAAACAUUCUCUACUAUCAAGGAUUCACCGACUCUCUCAGUAUUUCUGCCUUCCUCUGAACUUGCCGAUCUGUCUCCUCAUGAGGCUAUAAUGUAUGCACGGAUCAUGCGCCAAUAUAAACAACCCCGAACAGCACAGAACCUGAAGCGACAGCAAGCUCAGAAUUCGCCAUUGUCACAGUCCAACUCCCUGCGACAACAGAUAUUACCGCAAACAUUUCAGGUAGAGCAUAUAAAUCAGCUGGGAAUUUCAAUCAAGGGCCAAGACCUGAGGUCGGCACACUCAAUUGUUGCCACUCGGUCACGGCCACCAUAUCAGCAACAACUUCAACGCCAUCCUACCUACGCGAACACUAGUCCAUUAACAGUCGACUCAUUUUCCUCAGGUGGGGUUAACGAUACCACACUCCUGCUUGAUAAGGCUUCUCUAAAACCAAGAUUAUCCUCUGCACAGCAAAAUGAACCCGGAACGAAUUUACGUCAGACUCAUAGUCGUUCCUUCUUACAGUCGGAACAGCGUCAGCCCCAGUCGUAUCAGUUGACGCGAAAGUGA